CCCUAUAAUAUGGAUAAUUGGUGAUGGAACGGAGGGUGCCGAGUAAUUUUGAUCCGGCGAGUCCAGCUUCCAAGGAGAAAUAUAUAAAUGGUCCAGGUCCUUACGAUGCUGUGCAAAGAAGAAAGGUAAACGGCUAGCGAGCGUACGCUUCAUCAGCUCAGGUGCAUUUGUUUGAGAUUCUUCAUUCUCUCUUAUAGCUGUGAACCACUCACAUCGUCGACUUAUACACGAAGGACGCUGUUAUCCGCCAACAUGCGCCUGUUCAGAGGCAUCGCCUGCCUCCUCGCGGGAGCGGGCUUCACACAGGCCACGCUCCAAAUCAUCCCCGGCGGUACAUGGACGGCCACGAACACGGGCCGCCACAUUCAAGCCCACGGCGCCGGCGUCACGAAGGUCGGCUCGACGUACUACCUCAUUGGCGAGGACAAGACUGAGGGCUCCGCGUUCCAGAACGUCAACUGCUACGCCUCGACCAACCUCGUCGAGUGGAGCUACGUUGGCGCCCUGCUCUCGCGGACGCCUGAGGCGGGCGACCUCGGGCCCGGCAGGGUCGUCGAGCGGCCGAAGGUCAUCUACAACCGCGGCACGGGGAAGUACGUCAUGUACCUGCACAUCGACAGCAGCAACUACGGCGAGGCCAAGAUCGGCGUGGCCACGUCCGACAGCGUGUGCGGGAGAUACACCUACCUGGGCAGCUGGAGGCCCCUGGGGUUCGAGAGUCGGGACAUUGGGCUGUUCCAGGACGACGACGGCGCCGCCUAUCUCUUGACCGAGGAUCGGCCCAACGGACUCCGCAUAGAUGCUCUAACAUCGGACUACCUGAACGUCACACGGAACGUCUACCUCUGGGGCGAGAAGAUUGAGUCGCCCGCUAUCCUUAAGAAGAACGGGUACUACUUUAUGUUUGGAAGCAAGCUCACCGGCUGGGACCCCAACGACAACGUCUACUCCUACGCAACCUCCCUCUCCGGCCCGUGGUCCGCUUGGAAGAUAUUCGCGCCCGCCGGCUCCAAGACCUUCACCUCCCAGACCACCUACAUCCUUCCCCUCGGCGACACGGCCAUCUACAUGGGUGACCGCUGGGUCAGCACGAACCUCAUGCGGAGCACCUACGUCUGGCUGCCCCUGACCAUCUCCGGCACGACCGUCACCCUUGCAGACCGCGUGAACUGGACCCCCAACGUCGGUGCGGGCACCUGGGCCCCGGGACCCGCCGAGACGUCGUACGAGGGCGAGUCCGCGACGCUCUCGGGCGGCGCAAGGGCGGUGGCGUGCGCGGGGUGCAGCGGGACCUCGGCCGCCGGGUACGUCGGCGGGUCGGCGGGCGGCCGAGUGGAGUUCUCCGGCGUGAGCGUGCAGGCUUCCGGCAGGACGACGGUGAGGGUGAAGCAUCUGAACGGAGACAAGAGCCAGAGGUGGGGGACGGUGACGUGCAACGGCGUCUCGCAGACGGUCGGCUUCCUGCCAACCGCGGAUGGGAACACGCCGGGGAGCAGCUCGGUGUUUUGCAACCUGAAUGCCGGGUCCGCGAACACGAUCUCGAUCGCGAGUGGUGAUACGUCGUGGGUUGCUGACAUUGAUAGGAUUUUUGUUCCUGUGAGUUAGGUUUAGGAGGGUCGGACGGGCAAUUCUUCUCAGCCCACACAGUCAAGCAGGAGGAAUGUGAGAAGCCAAACACACGAAAGAAAUGCUUGUUAAUCUUUAUUUGUAUAUGGAGAGAAUAAGAGGUGAAGAAAAGCCUUGGCCAGGCAGGCGUAUA